AGAUUCUGCUCUGAUAUGGCCAAGAAACAACCACCAUGAAAAGAAGCCUUCUCUUUUCCAUUACUCACCUCACAUUUUCCUUCUCUUUCUUUUCUUUUCUUCUAGAUUUUCCCUUCAACCCACUGCUACUCUUCUCAUAUUUUUUAUUUUCCAUUGAUCAGAAGUUUUUCUUUUCUUCUUUUUUUUCUUUUCAAGAACCAAGAAAGAAGAAGGAAAAAACAUGUCACUUUGUUUCUCUUCAAAUGUGUUUACUCUCAAUUCACCAAACUUCCAAAGCUACAAAACUAGAUUCUCUUCUCCAUUCAUCAAUCAAAUCCAGGUAAAUUCUCUUUCUUGUGCUUUAUCAUCAUUUUCUUUAAAUUUAUCACACAAGUUUAAGUUUAAUAGACAAAGGCAUAACUACAUUACUGCUUCAGCAACAACUCUUGAAUCAGUUCAAUCAUCAUUUAGAACCAAGAAUCCAAAAGAUAUUAACGUUUUGGUAGUGGGUUCAACUGGGUAUAUCGGAAAGUUUGUAGUUACAGAGUUAGUUAAUAGAGGGUUUAAUGUUAUAGCCAUUGCUAGAGAAAAGAGUGGAAUUAGAGGUAAAAACAGUAAAGACGAGACUCUGAGUCAGUUAAAGGGAGCUAAUGUAUGUUUCUCUGAUGUAACUAAUUUGGAAUCACUAGAGAAAUCAUUGAAUGGAUUUGGUGUUUCAAUUGAUGUUGUUGUGUCUUGCCUUGCUAGCCGUACUGGUGGUGUUAAGGAUUCAUGGAAGAUUGAUUAUGAGGCGACAAAGAAUAGUCUUAUUGCUGGAAGAAAAUUUGGGGCUCAGCAUUUUGUAUUGCUUUCUGCAAUAUGCGUACAAAAGCCCCUUCUUGAAUUUCAGCGAGCUAAGCUGAAAUUUGAGGCUGAACUGAUGAAAGAAUCUGAAAAUGAUAACGGAUUCACUUACAGUAUUGUGAGGCCAACUGCAUUUUUUAAGAGCUUAGGAGGUCAGAUUGAGUUAGUGAAAGAUGGGAAACCUUAUGUGAUGUUUGGGGAUGGCAAGUUGUGUGCUUGUAAACCGAUUAGCGAGCCAGAUUUGGCUUCAUUUAUUGCAGACUGUGUUUUGAGUGAGGAUAAAAUUAAUCAGGUUUUGCCAAUUGGAGGUCCAGGCAAGGCAUUGACACCAUUGGAACAAGGGGAAAUGCUAUUUAAACUAUUGGGAAAAGAACCAAAGUUCUUGAAAGUGCCAAUUGGGAUAAUGGAUUUUGCUAUUGGAAUUCUAGAUUUCCUAGUUCAGAUCUUUCCCUCAAUGGAAGAUGCAGCUGAAUUUGGCAAAAUUGGUAGGUAUUAUGCAGCUGAAAGUAUGCUCAUUUUGGAUCCUGAGACCGGCGACUAUAGUGCUGAGAAAACACCAAGUUAUGGGAAGGACACGCUGGAAGAAUUUUUUGAAAGGGUGCUGAGGGAAGGAAUGGCUGGUCAAGAAUUAGGUGAACAAACAAUCUUCUAAAUUUGUUGUCUGUAAAUUUGAAUGCUAAAUGGAGCCGACCAGUUUUGUAACAAGGCCUGCUUUAAGGUAUGCAAUUUGCUUUCUCCAGUCAUACAUUACUGCUACCAUGUGAACUGUAACUGAAAUUCUUUUAUAUAGAUUAUUCCUUCUGUGAGGAAUGUCUGAAAACUCUUAAAAGGCAAUUACUCCUUUUUGCUUCACAACUGUAUGAUUUGUGGGCAGAUGUCGGUGCUAUGGUGGAUGAACUUAAGAAUCAAAGUCUUGAACCUUUAAAUUUA